AUGCAGAAUUUUUCAGAAUUAAGCAUUUCUGAAAUAAAAUUAGUAGACUUCGGUUGUAUACCCGUGGAUACAGUAGCGACCAAGUACCUUCACUUGACAAAUGUUUCAAACAAACCAUUAACUUAUCGUAUGUCUCUAACGUAUAUAAUGAGCAGCAUAGAUCACGUCUUCAAUCUGUCGAUUUUAUCUGAUUCAGUGCAGCCAGGAUCCAAGCUUGAAGUAAAAGUUACGUUCAAGCCUAACGUCUCAGGUCAGGCGUUUACCGAAUAUUAUAUCAUAGAUGACACCGAGGGUAAUACUUACAGGUUUACUGUUACUGGUAAAUGCUAUGGACCCGAGGUAUCAUUGAAUAGAAAAAAAUUAAAAUUCACGGUGUGUAAAAAUGUUUCGGAGCGAAGAAAAGAGAUAAUCACACUCGUGAAUAACUCUCCCGUAGACACUACUUAUCAAUGGCUCAUGCCUCCUGCUGGGCAAGGAUAUUUCCAAAUUUCAACUGGAAAUUGUGGCCUCAUUAGAGCAUUUGAAUCAAUAACGACAAGUGUAGUCUUUAACGGUACAGCUCUCGGUAUUUACACUGCUGAAUUAGUCUGUUUAGUUCUGAAUCAGGAGCCACUGUUUUUGAACGUAUGUGCUAUAAUUAUAUUUCCUGUUAAUCCGUUGUUCAAUGUUAAUGAUCAUAUUUUUGAGAAGAGCUGGAAACGGAAGAGUCGUUCGGCACAUUUGAUGGAGAACAGUCUCAACCGUCUUAGUUAUAUACCAUGCGCGUCAGUAUUCGAAAGAUACCUAGAUUUUGGUAUGGGAAGCGUUUUCGACGUCACUAGAAAUAUAUCCCAGACCCUUUGCGUGACGAACCACGAACAAGACGAAGGAUAUAUACAGUGGAUUCCGGAUCCCGACAACAUAUUCCUAAUUGAUCCUAUCGCAUGCAUUAUUCCACCUAAUCAGUCCAGGCUGUUUACAGUUAGAUUCAGGCCAAAAAUAGACAACGAAGUAUAUGGUUUUAUGAUGUGCGGUGACUAUCAAUUCAAAGUGAUAGAUAAUAACGAACCGAAGCAAAAACACACUUGGUUCCGCAUACCGUGUAUUGGAAAUACGUGGGGCCCUUGCAAUGCAUGGACUACCGAGUGGGAUUGUCCUGUUGAGGUCAUUUUACCACCGACUGUACCAACAAGGACAACGUUUUCUAAUUUUAUGUUAUCGAAUAAAUUGGAGAUACCUAUGUAUUUUAAAUUUGAAGCACCUUACGGAACGAAUUUUGUUAUUUUGCCCAUGUGCGGUAUUGUCCCGAGCCGUGGAUGGCAAAUUAUAACGGUGGCUUUAGAGCCAAAAUGCUUUGGUGAUUAUUGUGAAAAUUGGGACUUGGUGAUCAAUAGAGUGCAGAAAGCUCGAAUCAGUCUAUGUGGCAACGCGGAAUUAAGUCAACUGGAAGUGAUGUCUGCGGGAUGGAAUACUGAAACACACGAAACAUAUAAGUUUCCUCCUACCAUCCCUGGAUGCACAAAUUACGUCACUACUUAUUUGCACAACGUGACAAGAAUGGAAAUGCAUAUGAGAGUAUUGAAUACCGUUUCUUGGCUAGGAGCAGAUAAUUGCGGUACUAUCGUUAUCGCGCCUAAAGAGAUAAUUCGAUAUCAUUGGUGGUUUUUUCCGAAGACCCCAAAUCAACAGUACGACACUACAGUUACGUGUUCUUGUGUAUGUCUCAUUAAUGGAAGACCAGUUGGGGAACCAUCAGAAAUACUCAUACACAUACUUGGGUUUUCUGAGUUACCGGAUUUGCGGAUUGUACCAAAAUAUAACAACCUUCACGACGUUGCUGUUGGCGAAAAUGCAAGUGUGACAGUUAAAUUAUUCAACAAUUGUUCUUGUUAUUUUACUUCUCGGCUGUAUCAUGAGAUUUAUGGUAUAGGUGACGAUUACAGUGGUGAUAUUUUCCAAAUUGAUUCUUACGUGAACAGCCUAAAACCCUCAAAGUCCUGUGAAGUGACUUUCACCGUGACGCCAAACGGCGCGGGCUCGCGCGAAAUCAACAUCAAAUACUCGGUUCUCUUCAGGACCGAGUUUGAUGAGAUAGAAGAAUUACAACCCAUAAAUAAGAAGAUUUGUGUCGUAUGGUACGAUGGAAUUUAUCCCACAUUUAAGAUAAAACGUACUAUAUCUGUAACAUGCCCUAUUAUUCUAAGCAACCAUUGUGUUUGGAAUAUUACUAAUGUGGAUGAAUUGAACAAAGCGCUUGAAGACUGUCGACCAAAUCAACCUUUAGACGUAACUUUAUAUGCUCCGGAUCUGUGUAUAAAACCAGGUUUCGUGGAGUUUAUAUUCGUCCUGGGUAGCGUGUAUGAUGUCCCAGUACCAUGGAAUCUCCGCAGGGAAAAGAUAUGCAACUGUCCAAUGGUCGAAGUUAAACUGGGCAUUUCGACUUAUGAACUGAGGCAUGACUGUGUGCACAGACCUUUGGUUGAAUUGUAUCCUGUCAACGGGUACCUCUCGAAACAAAAGCCUGAACUAUUGCAUUUAAAAUUCCGAUAUGACCUGGAGGGAAUGAAUACUUUGUGCUAUGUCUUGUUGUUGCCUAAUGAAAGGCAGCUUUUCAUAUACAUUCAUAUAUAUGCUCAUCUUAAUACAAAAGGCAUACUGACGCCUUUGCGGCGUCCUGUCAAGGAACCGGAAUAUUUGGCAGUGAUGGAUUGUGGCAUAGUGCCGAUAAAUAAUUUAGAUUCUGUUAUAAGGUUGGCGUGGCUGUAUAACCCAACAGACGUGUUCACUACUUGGCGACUUCUGCGUGGCAAUAUGAUAACACCAGGCUCAAUAAUUCGAUGUUUGUUGUUUUUCGCAGAAGUACCUCCUUUGGGGAAAUUGCCUAUACCAUUUGCUUUUUUGCCCACGGAAAUGAUUAAGUAUGAGGUUGAGUUCUUGUGCUCAUUUGGUUAUGAAACGAUGAAGAUUAAGGUUACGGGACAAGGUGGUCUACCUAACAUGGUUUCAACAAGACUAGACAUCCCCAGCUAUGUGGAGAGAAAUAUACGUGCUGCUUAUAGGACUGAAGUGGUGUACUUGUCUACAGAACAUAUGACUAUACCAAUAAUGCCAACCCAUUCUUUGUCAAGAGACGUAAUCUGUAUUUGUAAUGAUACAGAUCACAUUAUGCGAUUCAUUUGGUUACCGGAAAGGAUCCCUAAUAUAGUGAACAUAGUAAUGACACCGUGCUGGGGUGUUAUUCAGCCAAAAAGUUCAGAAUGGAUCACGAUGACGGUAUACACUUUGCAAGAACCUGCAAGUUUCACUACCACAUUAUCUUGCGAAAUUCUGGACUUGACUGAGCGCAGGCGUUAUCAGCGUAAUGAACUGCUGAAAAGACAGAAAACGGAGAAGUGCAAACAAGAAUUUAUUAUAACUGAAAAAGGAUACUUUCAUCCUGGUAUAAAUGAUUCUCCACCUUACAUUUUGGAUAUAGAAAAACCCCAACCUAGUUAUAUAUCUUUGACGGUAUCCAUAAGUUCUAAAGGACAAAGAGAUGCUUAUACAAGAAUGUUUAUGAAGCGGCAAUGGGAACAGACUCCGCAGUACGAUUUAAUGUCUGACCUAGAAGAUUUUAGUUCUGGACCCGCGAGUGGCAGCACCAUGACCAUGACCGACAUAAUUAGGAUAAUUGACGGAAUUAUAUGGGACGCACUUCACAGCAAAAUGUUCAGGUACCAAAUUGAAUUUUAUUCGAAAGAAGAAAUUCCCACAUACAAGCAAUUAGUCAAGAAAUUGGAGAAGGAUGUUAGACCAAAACUAAGCAGACGCGUGACAUCUGGAAUAUGCGAUGCGAUCGUCAACAAAGCCGUUUUCCACAUGUUCGAGCUUAACCCUAAACCGGAAAUCUCCAUAUUGGAAGCCGUUUAAAUUUGAAGUUUUGAAAUCUCCAUAUUGGAAGCCGUUUAAAUUUGAAGUUUUUUCGUUCAAUUCUCAAUUUCAAUUCUAAUUCAUUAGAUA